AUGUCGUCACUGUACGACCCAGACACAGGCGCAAAGCUCGUACAACGUUGGGAAUUUGCUUUCAGAGCUCAGAGGGAUGUAGCCUUGCGGAUACCGAUCAAUUUCGUAACCGCCCCAGCUGUAUCACUAAGAGCUGCCUGCUUCUCCAAAAACCAGUAUGAAAGCAAAGCAUUUAAGAAAUGUUUCUCUAAUUUAUUUUCUGUUGGAUUUCGGAGAUUUUUGGUCGAUGUAUACUGGGAUACAGGCCGUUCCGAAUGGAGUCUGUGCCCAGUUCAGAUACCCCCUUCAGGACUAGAAGCAGAAUCGGCAGGUAUCACGGCUAUCAAUACCGUCUUCUCGACCGCGCAGAGAAGUAUCUCCCCACCGACGCGCAAUGCCCGCGACAUCCGGGACAUCCGCUUCUCAUGGGAAGCCGCUCUUCCGACUUAUCUGCCAAAGGAGAAUGCCAUACCAAUUUGGCCACGCCAAGAUGCAUCAACCUCCGAAUCGGUAUCAGGAUCGCCUCCACUUUCAUCAGGCAACAUACUUCCUGCAGCCAGUUUGACCGCUGCUGAAACUGUGACAGCUUUGGCUUCGUCCAUAAGUGCGGUGUCGUCCAAGAUCCCUGUCAAGUUCCCCACUGAUGGAAGUGUCCCUCUGUUGCAGCUUGGUGAUUACAAUUGCACGUCAAUCAUGACACUAGGAUACCUCACCGGCGUAUUUCAAGACUAUCUAGAUGCUUCAGGAACUACGACUGAUGCCGUGACUACGUACUUAUUCCUCAAUAUCCAUGCUGCCUCUCCGUACGCAUCACCAUAUUCGCCUGCGCAGCAGCUUACCACUGAGCAACUCCCAGGGCCUCAGCACCUGCUGAGUAUCAUCAUAAACAGUAAUCUGUCAUCUCAAUUAUAUACACCACAGCAGUUGCAGGAAGAUCGCAAUAAUCUAAAUGAAACUUGGCUUGACGUCCAGUCAGACACUCUUCCUGCAAGAGGCUACUACCAAACCUCAGAGAAUUCCGAGGGCUUCCUAGUCACACAAAAUGGAUGGCCGAAUGAGGCGUACAUGGUGUUUAAAAAGUUCUAUAGGCUAGUUGCCAGCUUUGGCUCCGUGGAUCCUCAAAUGGCCAACUACAAUUUCUCGGCAGAUGCCAACACUAUCUUUGCCCCAGGGACGACCCGCUCUUUGCAUAACGCCUCGAUCACCUCGGACGGGGGAAUCGAAUCUGGGUGUCUAUUUGCACCCAUAGACCUCACGAUUACGACGUCUACAAAUUCCUCCUGGGCAAUUGCGACUUCCCCCGAUCUAGACCUCGGACUGAAUCCAAAUGACACACUCCCCAUCCCCGCAAUCACGAACCUCACUUCUUGUGGUCUAUCUCCCAUGUUAAACAGCAGUCUCUCCAACGUAACCGCUGAUUUCGAUUUCCAACCCUACCUCGCCUUCACACAUAGCACCCUAUGGUCCUGGAAUCCUGGUGAACCCAUCAACAACACCAGUGACGACUCCUCAGCUCGAACCCGCUGCGCCGCUAUAUACGCCACACCUCCAUACCCAGGACGCUGGCGGUCAGUAAACUGCAACUCCCGAAACCGCGUCGCAUGUCAACACCCCGAUACGCCUUAUAAUUGGACGAUAUCCGCAGACUCUGUGAACUAUUUCUCCGGCGACACAGCCUGCCCCCGCAACACCAUCUUCUCCGUCCCACACACCCCCCUCGAAAACGCACAUCUUUUGUCCGUCAUCCAGUCCUCCUCUUCCCCCAGCCACCCCCUUUCCGACCCGAUCUUUGUCAACCUCAAUGCGCUAGAUGUACCAAACUGCUGGGUUAUUGGUACCAACGGCACGUGUCCAUACUUACCCCCUAACGACACUAACAAUGCGAGAGUUGUCGUUGUGCCUACGGUGGCGGCGGUCAUUAUUUUCGUGUUGGCGGCCUUGACAUUUUUUGUGAAAUGUGCGGCCAAUCGGAGAGAGGAUAAGAGGGGGAGGAGAAGGAGGAAUGUGGGUGGGUGGGAUUAUGAAGGAGUCCCUAGCUAGUUAAUGUGUUUAGGGGCAGUUGAGGAUGAGUCAUAAAGUGUGCU